AUGUGGCCGGCGCUCUUGCCAGCGGCCCUUGCCUUGGCGGCCCUUGUGGCCGCCCAGGGGGCAUUUGACGCGCCGUCGUCUGACACCUGCGAGCGUGACGGCCAGUACUGGUACAGAAUGGGCUGCUUUGACGUCACGGGCACGACUCUGCUGCCAAGCAAGGCGUUGACCUACUACCCCGACAACUACGACGGCUUCUUCUCGGGCCGGAUCAACCCAACCUGGUCGGAUGCCGAAUAUAACAAUACUGCCACGCCGGCCAAGUGCACAAAGGCCUGCCGGGCCGCGGGGCACAACAUCGCCAUGUUCCACGGCGGUACCUGCUACUGCCUCAAGGACGGCUACGACGACACGGGGCUGACGGACACGCCCGCGGCGUGCAACAGGCCCUGCCCCGGCGACCGGGGCCAGCAGUGCGGGGGGUCCGGCAACUUCGCCUCGGUCUACUGGGACAGCAGCUACAAGCCGCCGGCCAUCUACGAGACCGGGACGCCGGUCUGGGACAGCGGCGCCGACAUCUCGGCGUUCCUCGGCUGCUUCAUCUAUCCUAGCUUCGGCGGCUACUUCUUCCUGGGCGGCCUCGGCACCAACUACCGCCAGUGCAUCAGACCGGGGAACCCGAGCCCGACCCGCGAGCUCCCGAACGUGGCGUCGUGCGACAGGAUGUGCGCCAUCGAGGCCGGCGCCGGCGCCGGCAGUGGCGUCGAGGGGCUCUGGGGCUUCCCGCUGAGCUUUGGGUUCAACGGCGCCGCGGACCCGGACAAGAUCUCCUUCGACUUCAACGACUGCUACAAUCACCCGAACCCUUCAGGGUCUGUCCAGUGCUUCUGCUCUACCAUGUUUGGCUAUCAGGCGUACCAGAUCAACGACGACAACCCGUCGUGCCGCAGGCGCUGCGAUGGCGGCACCGGGGACUGCGAUCCAAGGACGCAAAAGUGCUGUGGGGACGCGGAAAAGGAAAUCUUCCCCGUCUACAUAGCCAAGGAGCUGACCGGCUGCUCCAUCCCGCGGGUGCCGGGCUGGGCGGUAUUGGACCAGGACGGCUACCAGGUUGGGUUCGAGUGCAACUGGACCCUUCCCUCGGACCUUAGGAGAGGACCUGCUACGAAGGGCUUCCCGGAGUCCCGGGGGAAGGGGGUGUCGGACAGGGUGACGCUGGCGCUGGACACCUACAACUUCCUGCCCGGCUUCGAGUCGGGCGCCGAGCGCUGGAGCCUGUACGGCUGCUUCGAGCAGUCGAGCGGCGGGUCUACGCCCCCGGGCUUCACCGUCAGCGGGCCGAACGCGGCAGGCGUCGGCGAUCUUGAGGCGUGUGCCGCCCAGUGCGCCGGGAGCACCUUUGCCAUGAUAGGCGGGAUAGCGCAAUCCUGCUACUGCGCCACCGCGAGUAGCGACGACCGCUCGGCGCCGGUCAACGCCGGGUUCUGCACCGAGCGCUGCCUGCGGCCGACCAACACCUUCUGCGGCGGCAAGCCCGACGCCUUUAACGGUAAUAAGGCCUACUAUUUGGUCUAUUAUAGGAAAUCGUCAGGGCCGGCGCCCCAACCCAACCUUGUUCCGUUCUACAUCGACUACUUUGAGCAGUACCCGUAUCCCACGGGCCUCUACCACCACGACUUCGACGACAGGGACUGCUACCACGGAGACUACCACGGAGACUUCUACUACAGAGACUUCCACGACAAAAACAUCAACGACGGAUACCACUGA